AUCAGAAAGAUGAAAGAUAAAUUGCACAAACUGAAAAAGAAAAGCAUCAUCCAAGGUAAAGUAAAAACAAAAAUAAAAGGAGGUUAUUUUACACAUUUUAUUCUAAAAACUAUGGACGAAAUGGAUUGCGUUGCUGAGAUGAAAGGAUUCUUUAUAGUGAUACACAAUGCGCUCAUUUAUACAGUUGACACAAUAGAAAUUAUGAUAAUAGAAAGAGGUGAUAAAUGCCUU